AUGGCCGCGGUGGGCGGCAAGCGCGAGUGGUACCCGCCGGAGCGCGGAGAGCCCAGGGAGCUGGUGCUGUACAACAGCCUGCUGGACGAAAAGGUGCCCUUCGUCCCUGCGGCCGGCGCCGGCAGCAAGUCCAUCACGUGGUACACCUGCGGCCCCACGGUCUACGACUCCGCCCACAUGGGCCACGCGCGCAACUACGUGACCUUUGACAUCGUGCGCCGCGUGCUGGAGGACUAUUUCGGCUACGACUGCCUGUUCGUGAUGAACGUAACGGACGUAGACGACAAGAUCAUACUGCGGGCGCGGCGGAACCACCUGCUCAAGGAGUACAGGGCGGGGGCGGCCGGGGCGCAGCAGAUCGCUGACGACUGCAGGAAAGCAAUUGAGUGGGCGCUGGCCAAGCAGCAAGCGAAGGUGGAUGCUGCAAAGCAGCGAGUUGCUGAGGAAGCCGCCCUACUGUCGGACGAGGGCACAGUAAAGCCUGGGGCCCAGAGGCGGGUGGACGAGCUGCAGGGAAUCCAUGACCAGGAGCUACUGAAGCUGUCCAAGGUGCAGCAGGCGCUGGAUGGCCUAAAGGCACUGCCAGUAGAGUGUAAGGAUGGAGGCGAAACUAGUGUGUCAGCCGAUGAGGUGCUGAAGGUGGGCGGAGACUACCUGGCUGAAUUCUUGGACAAGGAGCGUGGGGCUCAGGUCACAGAUUUGUCAAUAUUUAGAGCUCAUGCUGCAAAGUACGAGGCAGAGUUCCUUGAGGACAUGGAUGCACUGGGCUGCCGCCCACCCGAUGCAUUCACACGAGUGAGUGAGUACAUCCCUGAGAUCGUGAAGUAUGUGGAGGGCAUCGUGAAUGCGGGAAUGGCUUAUGAAUCGAAUUCCAGUGUCUACUUUGAUACCCAGUCGUUCAGGACACAGGGUCAUGUUUACGCAAAGUUGAAGCCAUGGGCAGUUGGGUCAUCAGCACUUGCCGCAGAAGGGGAGGCCAACUUCGAGACAACAGAAAAGAAGUCGCCAAAUGACUUUGCUUUGUGGAAGGCAUCGAAGCCGGGAGAGCCAUAUUGGGAUUCGCCAUGGGGCCAAGGGAGGCCAGGUUGGCACAUCGAGUGCUCAGCCAUGGCAUCUGCCAUCGCCGGCUCCAAGCUGGACAUUCACACAGGAGGGGAGGACCUGCGCUUCCCACACCAUGACAACGAGCUGGCUCAGGCGGAGGCUUUCUACCACUGCGAGGGUUGCCGGCAGUGGGUGAAUUAUUUUCUCCACUCUGGUCACUUGAGUAUCGAGGGCUACAAGAUGUCCAAGUCUCUGAAGAACUUCAUCACCAUCAGGGAAGCGCUGAAAAGCUUCACACCUCGGCAGUUCCGCCUCAUGUUUGUCCUUCAGCCUUGGAACAAGCCGAUGAUGUAUGGGGAGCAAAGCAGGGAGGAGAUGAAGGCCAAAGAGGCAAUGCUGAAAAAUUUCUUUCAGAACAUCGAUGUGGCAAUCAGGAAGUCAGAUGUGGCUGGGAUGAGCAUGAAGUGGCUGGUGAGUGUUGAAAAGCAAAAAUCUGUUGGUGCUGUAUCCGUUCGCUGA